CUGCCUCCGAGCGCGUGUGUGUGUGUAUGUUGGAGGGAGAAAAGAGAUAAAGAGAGAGAGAGUAAGGGAGGGAGAGGCAAGCAGCGUUUCUUCUCCCCCCUUUAGCCUCCCCAUCUCCCUGCUCCCUGUCACUCCAUCCUUCCUCCCCUCUCCUGGACCACCCUCCAGCCCUGCUUCGAGCCGGACCGAGACCCCCCCAACCACCCAGACCACCCCGGGACCCUUUGACUCUCCUCACUUCUCCGUCCCACCAGCCGUAACCUCUGAACAGGAAUUCCUCUCCUGUCCUCUCCUCGAGCUCCUGUCUGUCAACAACUCAGCUGCACAAUAUCCGCUGAAUCCACUUCCACAAUUCAUUUGAUCUUAAUAAGUUCUGCUGGGCUGGCACAGCAAAGUGCAUCGGUCAGGCAUCUAGUCUCCCUAUUCUGCUGGAAGGCUGUCAGCCACAGGUCACAUGACCUGGAAGAAAAAACCUGGGAGACUUCUGGGAUCUCUCUUUGCAUGGGCUGAUUAUCAACCUGAAGGGAAGUCCAAAGGCUGAUGAACUGAUCUGUGUCUGUGAGAGACCACAUUGCUCUGGUGUCCUGUAUGCCCUGGGAACACAACACCCAGCGCAAAUCUGGUGACCGGCUGGCUGGAACACCCUACCCCUUCUCCUUCUGAGGACAUCCCAUUCCACGACAGUGCUUUGGUCUCACUUCUCCCCAGCAUGGAGCCCACCAAAGUGCAGUCAGAGGGUGGCCUCAAUGUCACCCUCACCAUCCGCCUCCUCAUGCAUGGAAAAGAGGUUGGAAGUAUAAUUGGAAAGAAAGGUGAAACAGUAAAAAAGAUGCGAGAAGAGAGCGGAGCACGGAUCAAUAUUUCUGAAGGCAACUGUCCAGAGAGGAUUGUUACCAUCACUGGACCAACAGACACCAUCUUCAAGGCUUUCGCUAUGAUUGCCUACAAAUUUGAGGAGGACAUAAUCAAUUCCAUGAGCAACAGCCCAGCAACCAGCAAGCCCCCUGUCACCUUAAGGCUCGUAGUGCCAGCCAGCCAGUGUGGCUCCCUCAUAGGUAAAGGAGGCUCCAAAAUAAAAGAAAUGAGAGAGUCCACAGGAGCCCAGGUUCAAGUAGCAGGGGACAUGCUGCCCAACUCCACAGAACGUGCAGUGACAAUCUCCGGAACCCCAGAAGCCAUCAUCCAGUGUGUCAAACAGAUCUGUGUGGUCAUGCUGGAGUCUCCACCAAAAGGUGCCACCAUCCCUUAUCGCCCAAAGCCCGCCUCCACACCGGUCAUUUUUUCUGGUGGCCAGGCCUACACAAUUCAGGGACAGUAUGCCAUACCACACCCAGAUCAGUUGACCAAGCUCCACCAGUUGGCUAUGCAGCAAACCCCCUUUACCCCUCUUGGACAGACCACCCCUGCUUUCCCUGGUCUGGAUGCCAGUCCACCAGCCAGCACCCAUGAACUCACCAUUCCAAAUGAUCUAAUAGGCUGCAUCAUUGGACGCCAAGGAACCAAAAUAAAUGAGAUUCGACAGAUGUCUGGAGCGCAGAUCAAAAUUGCGAACGCCAUGGAGGGCUCUUCAGAGCGCCAGAUCACUAUCACAGGGACUCCUGCUAACAUCAGCCUGGCCCAGUAUCUCAUCAAUGCCAGGUUCAGGGACGUGGCUGCCAUGUGGAAUGACCCCUCAUCCAUGACUACAUCCUGAAGUCACCCCCAAUCUGCUUCUGUUUGCAGAAGCUAACAUCAACACCACCGCUUCACAAUUAACCUCUAUGUGUUGUCCCAUGGAACUUUCCCAUAGACUCCCAUGGUUUUGCUUAACAUAUAAGCUUUAGCCCCCAGGAGACCUAUAGUAAAAGUCAGACUAACAUCACUGGUAUUUGUUUUUAAUGGAUGUAGCCAUUAUAUUGUUAAGAAUAGUUUGGCAUUUUGGGAUAUUCAGAUAUUAUUGUUAUUUUGCUUAGAGUUAGAUAGGAAGAUUGAUACCACUAUUAACUGUCAGUUAAUAUGGAGACUGUUAGCUCAGCUUAGCAAAGGCAAACAGCUAGUCUGAGUCUGUUCAAAGGUGACAAAAUCUGCAUUCCAGAUAUUCCAGAAUAUCUAAUGUCCUGUCUACAUAAUAUCUUAGAGAUUUUCCUAAACCUCCUGGCCACUCAAGUUUUGAGAUUUUCAAAAACGCCUCCACAAGCAAAAGCACAACUUUAAAUCUUGUGUUUACCACAGAUGUUCAUAUACGUUUCUAAGUGAUUUAACAUGAAAAGAGCCUAAAAACAACCCUGAAUGACUUAUGGAUGAAAGAAAUCUUCGUCAACUAAGAGCAAAUCAAUUAAUGACGGGGCAGCCCUAAAAUAAAUACAGGUGCAUCUCAAUAAAUAAGAAUAUCAUAGAAUUGUCAGUAACGUUAUUUAUGUUAGUAAUUCAAUUCAAAAAGUGGAAAUAACACAUUGUCUAGCUCCAUUACACACAGUAUGAAACAUUUCAUGUUUUAAUUUAUUCCAUUUUUUUCAAAUUAUAAUGAUCAUGGCUUGCAUUUAAUGAAGACUUAAAAUUCAGCGUCCCAAACAUUUUGAAUAUUUUAAAAGACCAAUUUUAAACAGUAUGUUUAAUAUGGAAAUGUUGUCCACUGAAAAUUAUGCCCAUCUAUAUGCACUCAAUACUUGGUUGGGGCUAUUUGACUUCAACUACUGGAAAUUGACUUUUCCAUCAUAUUCUAAUGUAUUGAGAUGCACCUGUAAGUAUCAAAUAUUACCAAAUAUCUUAUAAAUAAACAGAUAUUUGGUUAAUAUUGUUUAUUUUGGGUGCUGCACGGUGGUGUAGUGGUUAGCACAGCAUGAGGGUCGCCAGUUUGACUCCGGGCUGCGACUCUUCUGUGUGGAGUUUUCAUGUUCUCCCCGUGUCAGCGUGCCUUCUUACCAGGUACUCAGGCUUCCUCCCACAGUCCAAAAACAUGCACUUAGGUUUAAUUGGUGACUCUAAAUUGCCCUUAAUUGUGAAUGAGAGCGUGAUUGUCUGUCUCUGUGUGUCAGCCCUGUGAUAGUCUGGAGACCUGUCCAGGGUCUACCCCGUCUCUUGCUCAAUGUCAGCUGGGAUUGGCUCCUGCGACCCGAGUGCGGAUAAGCGAAUAAGGACAAUGAAUGAAUGAAAGUUUAUUCUGGAAGAGAAGCUCACUACAUGUUUAGAAUCUUCUCUAAACUUCUCUGGUAUCUAGUGUACAAUUGACAUUGCCUUUAUCAUCACCUACUGGCCCAGCAAGUGUUUGGAGUUGUUUUCGUGUUUUAGUGUUGACGGAGGUGUUUUCUGAAAGUUGAAAAUUGUGUGAACAGAUUUAUUUGUAAACAAAAUAUCCAUAUACAUGUAGGCAGGGCCUAAAGCUAAUUCAUCAUCGUGAUGGUUUCCUGGCAACUGCUUUUACCAAAGACACAUACCCCCCCUUAUAAACCUUCAUUUUUCAUUUUUACACUUCAGUUCUCCUUUGCGUUUAGAUUAGUCACUUUUAAAGAUGCCAGUAGGCAAAAAAUGCUACCUUAAGACAGAGCUAGAGUGUUUAAGAAAAGUGAUAUUGAUCUUCUGGUCCUACUGCAAAAAAUAGGAUAUAAGCAUAUUUCCCAAAAAGUCAAACUAUUCCUUUAAAGGCAUACAAUGCAGGGAUUCCAUCUUACUCUUUGUCUCUUCUCGGUUUUGCUCGAGUGAAAGCAAACCCUCAGAUUCACUCUGGUUUUGGAAGGAGCUUUGUCCCCUUAUUAUAUUUGUGAUUUUUUUUGGCACUGUGUCUGCCACUUUUUUUGGCUUUGUAAUGCCCAGGAACAUAUUGAACACAACAAAAUGAAAGUAAAAGAAAAACAGCAAAAGGGCAGGCUCUCUGCAGAUACUGCCACACACUUAUAUUGGAUUCUAUUAGUCAUGAGGGAUUCAUUAUGUCUGUAUAUUGUUAUUUAUUUAUUGUUUUUUUAAGGAAAAUCCUGCAUAGUAUACCUUUAAGUAUUUAUAUAGCAUGCCUCAUUCCAAGAGUUAUAUUGUUCUUUUUGUCAUCACUAUAUUAGAUAACCUAUUAUUAUAAUUACAUUUGCCUAUUAAGUCCUAUUGUGUCACUGUCUGGAAAGAGCAAAAUUAAUAAAAAAAUGUAAAAUGAACAAAAAAGCAAAGAAAAAAAUAAGGCAAACACGUGACUGCCACUUGAGCAAUGCUGUUAGAAAGAAGAGUGAUGUGAUGCCUCUGUCAGGGAACACUACAGCAGUUUCUACACAUUUCAUGACGCUGCAUUCUUUUCUGUCCACUGCAUGGCUUCAUGAGGGGGUCAGUAGUGCAUGGUUAUCUUACCAUAUUUUUACAGGUUAAGAUGUUUUCUGUGAAAGGGUGUGAUGAAAAUAUGGUAUUAAGCCAGCAAAAAAACUGGUGUACAAAGCCAGCCAUUGCAGCAUAACUUUCACUUCCAAGCGAAAGUUCUUCUUUUCACAGCUGUUUUUAUUUUCUCUGUCUGCCUCCCCUCCCCCCGCUCCCCCGCCUUCCCUCAACUGUUCUAGGCUGACGUCUGAAGUCACUGGAAUGGGCACACUCUAAUUUCUACCCAUCUUCCCUCAGUGCAUCACAUGACCUUUGAGCAAAUGGCAUUGCACCUAGUAUAUUUAUUUCUCUGUACUUGACUGUCCUGAUAUUUAAGUGACUUUAACUUUUUAUGUUUUUUUUAGUAUUUACUGUAAACAUGUGUAUCUGCACUGUCACUAGGAUUCCUCACACCUAUCCGAAACCCUGUUGUUUCUGUUUGUGAAAGGUCGCUUUACUUUUUUGACACUCUAGUACCUUUCAUGGCAUCUCACGCACUGCACCGCUUUGUUUUACCUCAUGUUUUAACACGUCACUGUGCUUUUUCUUUCUCGCACUGCAGGCACCUGAAAGUAAAUGCAAAGUAGAGAUUGGUAGAGCAAUUUAAAAACAAGUUUGUCCCUUCUUUACCUACCCCACAUUCUAAUAUAUUGUCAUUUUUAUGCCAUAUUUAAAGCAACUACAAGGGAUUUUGGGUUGAUUUUGGCGACCCCUGUGGACAAAAGCGGUAUCGUUUUCAUUAGGCCUUUUGUCGUAAAGAUCUUGAUCUGGCUGUCGUGCAAAUUUGUUUCAGAAGCAAGUGAAAGAAAAGACGCUACUUAUUUUUGAAAUAUUUUUUCUCCUUUAAACGCUGCUGUUUGUGGGAUGCAUAGUGAUGAGGUAGUGUGUCUAUCUGUGGCUGUGUAAGAUUAUUAACUGUCGUACAACAAAGGUGAAACAAAGUCAACUUUGUUUUAGCCACCACAAAAAAAGCAUUUCUUGAUUAAAAAAAACAUGUCUCACAAUGUGUUUCAUAAAUCAAAAAGACAUGUUACAUACCUGCCUAGGAGGAAGACGGACAAUUCAGGAUCAGUUUUGAGUCCUUUAAAAUCCAGCAAAUCUCUCCAUCUGUUGAAUGAGCAACCAAGGCUGACUUGUGUUUUCACCCGUGCUCAGUCACUGUCCCUUUUGGCUUUCUUUUGUUCUUCAGUAAAAUAUUUUCCAUUUCUCUUUGCUGAUCCUGCCACAGUAUCAGCCAUAACCACAAAAUAUAACAUCAGAAAUAAAAUAUUCUAAAGAAAAGUCCUCUCCUGCUUCCUUUUCACUGGCUAUGGUAAUACUCACUGCUAAACUGAGUAAAAUGUAAACAUAGAAAUGUAAAAUAUCAUGUUGCGGGGAAUUGGACUCAAUGACAGGCAUUAAAGGGGACAUAUUAUGUUCAAUUUAAAGUUCAUACUUGUAGUUUGGGUUUCUACUAGAACAUAUCUGCAUGCCUCACUGUAAAAAAACAACAUUAUUUUCCUCAAACUGUCUGUCUGAAUAUACCUGCAAUCACCCUUUGUCUAAAACAUGCCGUUUUAGUGCCUGUCUCUUUAAGCCUUGCAUGUGACAUAGGAAGUGGAGCCAAAUAUGACUGGCUUGUUGAACCACAUCAUCUUGACAAAAAAAACUGACACUUGUUUCACAGUUUUGAGUUUUUCAUGAUAUGUCCCCUUUAAGAUUAACUAUGUUAAAAUAGCCAGUCUUUUUGCUGAUGCUCUCAUUUGCUGAUAGUCAUGAAAAAAAAUUAUUAAACCGUUGUUUUCUUCAAUUUCUUGUUCAUUUUAAUGGCUGGUACAACUUAAGGUACAAAAAAAGCUGAUAUGUAGCCUUUUUUAAAUAAUAACCAAAUUCAUUAUCAAGAAAACCAUGGAAAAUGUCUAGAUAUCAGCUCUUAAAUGAAACUCUUAUGAGCUAUUUUUGUUGUUAUCAUUAUAUUUGUCCAAACAAAUGUACCUUUAGUUGUACCAGGCAUUAAAAUUAACAAGAAAUUGAAGAAAACAAGGGUGGUCUAAUAUUUUUUUCCAUGACUGUAUACUGUAAGUCAUAUAGAGGCAUCAGACUAUUUCAUUUCCCUAUUCAAAACUCAUUGUAAUUGCUUUAAACAACAACAGUACCUGCAUCAAUGCAUCACCAAACACAAAUGUUCAAUAAACAACACUGAAUCGGAUUAUUUAUUCCAGUGUGCCUGUAGACAUUGCCUGCUUGUCAUAGUGCUGUAUGUACACUAUAGAUUGAUCUGCAUGACGCACAAAGCCUACGGCAUUUCCAAUUUAUUUAAAAAUCAAACAGAUAGAAAGGAAGACUGAACGGUGAAAGGGAAUGGAGCGAGCCCUGAACAGUCUAUUUAUGAUCUGAAUGUGUCACUUUGACUCCAAUUUAAAAUGACCUCAUUGGUACAGGCCAAUAAACAUCCGCUGUAGUGCACUAAUAUCCGUCUUUCCGAGUUCCAUGCGAGACCAAAUGACUGCAGUGAAGAAUGAUGUCCAAACGCAUGCUACGAAUAAACAACACCUUUAUUCACCGAGUUCAUAGUUCAGCAACAUAAUAUAACGUAAUCAUUUUAUUCAUGCUGCCAUCUCAUAACAACUAUGUAUAAGAGGCAUGGGCCGUAUAGAAAGGUCUGAGAAUUGUCCAGUGUGUAUUUACACUCACAUGUAGCUCAUUUAAGGUUUCAGUGUAUGCCAAACAGCUGUUUGGUAGGCAACAAACCAUUCCAGAAAAUAUAGUGCGUUUCUAGUCUAACAUGUAUGAGACAUCGGUCACAAAUAUGUUACAUAUGUAUCUACCUGUCAUUGGUUAUGAAGGUUACGUCAGUCAAUCAAGCUACAUAAGAACACGGCUUAUAUAAACAUUUAUGUAUGACCCUGUUGCACUAUUCAGGAUCUCCUUGGUAACAUCACGUUGUAUAUUUGUUUCAGCUCGUCUUACUAACAGACCACAGCCUGUGUUCCUGUCAAACUAAAGCUGAAUGUAUUUCAAAAUGUGUUAACUGAUGUCAAUUACACGUCAUACUCGAUUAAAACACCAUUAAGGGUGUCUUUUUUUAAUCAGGCGCACAAACUAUUACAUGAGAAUAUGAUGCAGAAUGAUCAAAAAGUUUAUAGAGUUUGACAGGUAAUCUGGACAUUAUGUUUUACAGAUGUUUUAUUUAACAUUGUUAUCUAAUCUAAUUGUGAUCUAUUAUUGUAGAUAAAGCAAGAGUUUCUCUAUGUUCAGCAAACAUAAUGAAUUGAUGGUCUUAUAUGUAUCUACAGCUCUCUUUUCAAAGUGAAGGCUAUAAGAAUAUAGAUCUGUAGCCAUGACUUCACAGUCAUGACAGUCCGACAAGUUAUAUGAUGUUUAUCUGGGUUCAACAUAUUCUCAUGAACAGGUUCGUAAGAUUUUGUACGAAACCUUUUGCAACAAGAUUCAUAUGACAUCCAAGGAAAUUAUGGUCAGUUUUUAAACACGUCACAGAUAAGCUUUUAAUGAUCUGUCAGUGGUUUUAAACACAGUUACAUAGGGAUAUGGAACUACUUAAGUUUAGGCAAGAAAACCAAUUAUUUAAGGUUAGGAAAGGGGAACAGAGUUAGAUGUAAAAUAACUGCUUGUGUGCAAAACUACUGGAUGUAUGUGAGGAAGAACACAAGUAAAUAUAUCUAAAACGGGACACAAACACAGGUCUUCUGGGUCAAAGUCCUACACAUUUCAUGGGAUUGUACAAAAUGUGGCGCUUUACUUUUUGUAGGAAAAUAACUACGGACUGUUUAUAAGAAAGGCCUGCUGUGUUUUACUGGUUGCAGGUGUACUAUUCUAUAAUCCACAUCUAUCUUAAACACAUUUUGUUGUCACAGAUCAGAGAGGGACCUACAUGCAGAGUCACAGGCUGAGGUAGGAGAAAGGCAAAAACAGGGUUUACUGAACAAAACAGUAUAUAUACAGAACAGUCUGUUCCAAAAAAGGAAAACACAGAUCCAGGCAAAGGUACAGAGACAUCAGGCAAGAUCCACAACAGGUGAAGGUCAAAAAUCCUAAAACAGAUGAGUACUAAACAGGCACACUGUAAAACCCAAUGUUGCUUGUUUGUUAUUAUAACUGUUUUUUCCUUUUCAGUACAACAAAGAUUUGUGCAAAAAGUAAUUUUAACCUAAAAUAUUGAGUCCAAUGUCUUUGUUGUUGUGACAUAAAAUUCUUCGCAGCAUUGACACUCAAAUAUUUAAGUUGAAACAACAAGCUGGGUUUUACAGUGCAGGAGCACAAAUUAAGAUCUGGCAAAUGACACGUGACAAACUAAAAGGCUUAAGUACUGAGGAAAUAAUGAGCAGAAUGAGCUUCAGGUGUGUGUCACAAUGAGCAGGGGGGCGGGGAGUUAAGAGGAGCAGGAAGUUUCCACAGAGUCCAUGACAUUUGAUACAUUACUCCAAUUAUUUCAUUACAAGCCUAAAGUAAUGGACAUAGUAUAAAGAGCGCAAAAGUCCACUCUGGAUGUGCCGGAGUGAAGUUGGAUACAUCAGACCAGUGUUUGUGUCCCGUGUGAAAGUAAGAGUCAUUGUUGUGACUUGAAGUCAUCCUGCAUCGUCAAGUGGUUUCCUGUAAA